GCUGUCAACUGAUGGUUGGUGCUUGGUGCGGUGUGCGGUCCUGCGGUCAACUCGAAUAAUUUUUAUUGACGUGUCUACCUUGGUGUUCCCGUUUUCUAAAAAAAAUUGAUAACUGCAUUAUACAAAAUUACGAUAAUUGCAAACAUGCUACUGCGAUAUAGUAUCCUUUUUGCUCUGCUUGCGGUGCAAUUUUCCAACGCUCUUUAUUUUCAUAUUGGAGAAACCGAACGUAAAUGUUUUAUAGAGGAAAUUCCCGAUGAGACGACUGUUAUAGUCAAUUACAAAGUAGAAUUGUAUGACCCCAGAAGCGGAGGAUUUAUGCCAUCAUCACCAGGAAUCGGAAUGCAUGUUGAAGUCAAAGAUCCAGACGAUAAAACUAUUCUUUCUCGAGUAUACAGCUCUGAAGGUCGAAUAUCUUUUACUUCACACACCCCCGGAGAGCAUGUAAUCUGCAUGUAUUCAAAUAGCACAGCUUGGUUUAGCGGAUCCCAAUUACGGGUACAUCUUGAUAUUCAAGUUGGCGAGCAUGCAAUUGAUUAUGCAAACGUGGCUCAGAAAGAAAAGCUUACUGAGCUGCAAUUGCGCAUUCGACAAUUAUUGGAUCAAGUCGACCAAAUUACCAAGGAACAAAAUUAUCAGCGGUAUCGCGAAGAACGAUUCAGGCAAACCAGUGACAGCACUAACACACGCGUUUUAUGGUGGUCAAUAGCGCAAACUAUAGUUCUUGUCAUCAUGGGACUAUGGCAAAUGAAACAUUUGAAGAGCUUCUUCGAAGCAAAAAAAUUGGUUUAAUAGAGUAUAUGAGUGAAUAAAAUGUUCUAUUUAAAAA